ACGUGGGCCCCACCUAUCGUAGGUCCCUGCUGCGGCCGUAGUGCGUUUAGCUGGUUGGGUCCCAUCUGGAUGCGCUGGGGUCCGCAGGGCCUGAGGCCCAGGUCCAACCUGGCUUCCCGGGAUGUCGGUGGCCUUCGUACCGGACUGGCUGAAAGGCAAGGCGGAAGUCAAUCAGGAGACGAUCCAGCGGCUCUUGGAGGAGAAUGACCAGCUCAUCCGCUGUAUAGUGGAGUAUCAAAACAAAGGCCGGGCGAAUGAGUGCGUCCAGUACCAGCAUGUGUUACACAGAAAUCUCAUUUAUUUGGCUACCAUUGCAGAUGCCAACCCGACCAGUGCUUCAAAAGCAAUGGAAUAAUCUUUCAGUUGGCUGUCCUGAGAACUUUACUGAGUAUAAUCCAUGUUCUACGAAGUAAAGACAGGAUCUUUACCAACUGAACUGCUUAAAACUUGAAUGAACCCUCCGUGGCUCUUUUAAAAAUGUGAAAAUGUGAAGAAAGCUAUUAAAUGAACUGUAUUUCAGUGUAAAUAUUUUAAUAAUUAAGCUCCAGACGUCCUCUUUCCUGAAAUAAGUGUAUUUGGAUAACAGAGAUGUCAUGGGCAUCUUCAAUUCUACUUUUCAGUCUCAGCCUGAAGAGGAAAAUGAUCAGGUGAUGGGGAAUCAAGAGGAACUGGUGAGACUCCUGACUGACGCCCUGCCUAAUGGAUGUGUAAUUGUGUGCUCCCUCCUCCAGUUUGUAGUUGUGGACCUGGCCAUUUUCGGGUUGCUUUGAAAUAAAGCCUGUCUUUCCACGAAA